UCGUCUAAAUCGCGACUAUCAACUAUAUAAAGCUGGCCAAUUAGCUUAAUUUCUAUGCAGUAUCGAAUUGCAAUCUCAGCUGUAAACAAGUGACAAGUGCUUCCGAAAGGAUUCUCCCCGAAGUCGAACUCAUCCCGUCCAAAAAUGUUCAAAUUCAUCGUUCUUUUCGCUGUGAUCGCGGUGGCCUUCAGCGCCCCGGCUGACUCCAAGCCAGCUCAGGGAGGAGCUAUGGGACUGGACCAGUCGGAAACGUCGUGGGGUGGAGCGUGGGGCAAUCCGGCUGCCCAUCAGAACAACCCCUGGGGAGCGAACCGUUGGAACCAGUGGAACAACCCCCAGAGCGACCCACGUUGGGGCAACCGUUGGGGAGCGGGCGGCUACGGUGACCAGUGGGGAAGCCGAUGGGGAGCUGGAUCCGGAGCCGGUUGGGGCCAGUGGAACCGCCACGGUGCCGCUCCAGGCGGAGCAGGUUGGGCCGGAGCCGGUGGCCACCGUGGAUGGAACCAGUGGUAAUAAUUUGACUUGACGCGAUAACUCUUCAGGAUGCCCCAUGUUCGAAAUGAAGCCAGCCCAUGUGUACAGUUUGAUUUAAAUAUAUGUAGUGUGUAUCAUUGAAAAACGUA